AUGGAUCACUUGAAACCGGUGCAGAAGGGCAGAAGACGUGGCCUUUCCAUCAAUAGUCUUUCAGAGACUCAGCAAUCCGCUAUGAAUAGUUCGCUGGACCAUCUUCAAAAUGACUUGAAUAGGAUAGAUCUUCAAUGGAAUAGAAUACUUUCAGACAACACUAAUCCCUUAGAAUUAGCGCUUGCAUUUUUGGACGACACAUCUGUGGGUCUAGGCCAUAGAUAUGAAGAGUUCAACCAACUGAAGUCACAAAUCGGUAGCCACUUACAAGAUGUUGUCAAUGAACAUAGCCAAGUUUUUAAUACUAACGUGGCUUCUUAUGGAAAAGUAGUCAGCUCAAUCAUCCAAGCCCAAGAGCAGACUUUAAAUCUAAAACAUUGCUUGAGAGAAGCUAAUAAGAAAAUCACCACGGAUAAAGGUUCUUUACAGGAAUUAAAUGAUAACAACCUGAAGUACACAAGAAUGAUUGAUGUCUUAGUCAACAUUGAGGAGUUACUGCAAAUUCCCGAAAAGAUUGAGGAGAACAUUAGGAAGGAGAAUUUCCAUCGAGUGCAAGUUUUAUUGGAAAGGGGUUUUAUACUAAUGAACAACAAAUCCUUAAAGACAGUGGAAAUCUUGAAACCUAUAAACCAGCAACUUGAAUUACAAGAGCAUAUGCUAUUUAACAAUUUAAUAGAAGAGAUUCACGACAUUAUGUACUCCAAAUCUACUAAAACGAAUUUUACUCGAGUAACCAAUGAUGAUAUUUUCAAGAUCAUAAGUAUCUCUCAUAAUGGUUUUACCAGCUUGGAAAACUACCUGUAUAACAUAGUCAAUAUCGACAUCACGGAACACGCAAAAACAAUAAACAGAAAUCUCGAACAAUUCAUCCAUGACCAAUCGCUAAAUAAAGGUGCUAUCAUGUUGCAAGAGAAUGUUGCCACUCAACCAUCACUGGAAUCAUCUGGAAAACAAGAAAAUGAAGGUUUCAAUAGAAUCGCGUUCUUAUCGAAAACCAUCAAUAAUAUUAAUAAGUUACCUGUUGCAUUCAACAUCAUAACGGAAAGAGCCAAAGAGGAAAUACACAAUAUAAUUGUUAAAAGCACGGAAUCAAUACGUUCAAAGCAUCCAUCUUUGCUUAAAAUGGCCAGUAGUUUGAAAAAUGACAACCAAUUUGGUCUACCCGUACAGGACAUACUAUCUAUUAUUCUGAGGGAAUGCUUUUGGGAGAUCUUUUUGAAGUUACUUUAUGCUAUUCAAUGUCAUCGGGUUAUUUUUGAAAUGUCAAACAUUCUGCAGCCAACUUCCUCGACCAAAUCUGCUUACAAAUUCAAUAAAAUAUGGAGCAAAAUGUUAGACGAAAUAGAAUUACUACUUGUAAGGUAUAUCAAUAAUCCCGAAUUGCGAAGUAGUGAUAACUCCAGCGCCAAAUCAAUAACUGUCACGACAAACAACGCCCCCAAUUUACCCAAAAGAAAGAAUCCCAAAAUUUUUUCUUUGGAGUAUAACAUUGAGGACAAUUCAUCUGUGAAGGACCAAGCUUUUGAAUUAAAAGCCUUAUUAAAGGAUAUUUUUCCCGGAUUUUCUGUUUCUUCGAACAUGGAUUUGGACUCUAUUUAUGUUAAAGAUGAAUCAUUCGAACAAGAUGAGCCUUUAAUUCCUCCUUCUGUAUUCAAUAUGAAAGUUAUUCUAGAUCCAUUUUUACUAUUUACGCAGUCAACGUCCACAAUUACACCAGGGGUCUUAGAAGAAAAUGCUGUUUCGUCUCUGACCUUUUUUGAUGAUUACGUGAAUAAAAGUUUUCUUCCAAGAAUUCAGAUGACCAUGAAUUAUUUGUUUACAAUAGAAGUAGAAUCUAAUAAUCCUUAUGCGUUAGAACUAUCCGAUGAAAAUCAUAACAUAUUCAAAACAGCAUUAGAUUUCCAAAGACUAUUUUACAACUUAUUGAAUGUUUUCAACACGGCAAAUACAUUCAGAGAGAAAAUAUCAUACUGCAUUUUAGAUCUUUUAAGUCAUUUUUACAAUUACUAUCUGGAACUAUUUAAUUCCCUAAUUGGUACUUCUGAUAGGCGCUUAAGUAGGAAAAUAAUCACAACGUGGUUGCAGAAUAGCACUUUAAUGGAUCAAGAGCAAAAGAUUUUGAAUGGAGAUGAGUCACUUUUCAUUGAAGAGUCCAGAGAGUUGUUCAAAGAUAUACCUCAUUUCUAUCAUCUCGGUAAAGGGUUGAAUAAAUCUGAUUUAUUCAAUAACUUGACCUUGGAUACAAUCUUGCAGUUUUCAGCAAGCGUGAUAUGGAUCUUAUCUUGGCUGCCAGACUUAAAGAAGGCCAUUAAUAUUGAUGAAGUAAACCAAGAGCCCGUGAUAGAUGCCGAUAAAUUAAGGAGCAACUGGUCAUUCUCUGAAUCAAUGGAUCUGAACCUUAUGAAUUCAAAUGCCAAUACAAACUCAUCAGGAAACUUGAAGAUUUUGAUGGAUGAAAAGGCCUCUAAAAAAUUUGAUGAUACUGUUAAUGGGUUCAAAACGUUGAAAUUAAAAUUAAUCACCAUAUUAAGAUUCAAUAUUAGGGCCUUGUGUAUAUACGACAUCGGGUCUUUCUUCCAGAAUACUAAGAUUUGGAAUAUGGAUGUAGGAAGUAUUGAAUUAGAUCAAAAUAUAGCUUCUCUAAUUUCCGAAUUAAGAAGGACUGAGAAUAAAAUAAAACAGCAAUUAUCAGAAAAAGAGAAAAAUACAGUAUUCAUUGGCCUUGAUAUAGUCAAUAACUACGCCCUGAUUACUGGCGCAAAAUCCAUAAAAGUACUGAACCAUAAUGGGAUUAAGAAAAUGUUGAGAAAUGUAAAUGUCUUACAACAUGCUUAUAGAAACCUCUCUUCCGAGCCCUCAAAAAUCAACAUGAACGUUACAAUGAACUUUUAUUCUUUAUGUGGAUCCAAUGAGACAGAACUAUUCAAUUAUAUAAGAGACAAUGAAUUGCCGCAUUGUUCUGUCGACGAUUUAAAAACGAUAUUGAGAUUGCAAUUUAGUGAGGAGAUGCAGCGACAACUAAAAAGACAAAGCACUAAUUCAACUAAAGGUUCCAUCAAACCUUCGAAUAAGAGGUAUACUGAAGCUUUGGAAAAACUCAGUAAGCUCGAAAAAGAGCUGUCGAAAGAAAAGCCGCUUUCGAAAAUGGGAAAGCUUAGAAGCAAAUUGAAAAAUGUCGACGCUACGAAUGAAAGUGAUACUCUUUGA